GCCUCCCUCCCCGGCCGGAUCUCAAACAGCUCAGCUCUCCGCUAUUCAAACGCACUACGUGAGUACUAUGUAGCGCACAACGAUUUGUGUGUUGGGAUCCGUGCCCUGUAGAAGGCGUGUUCGAAAAGGAAGUAGAAGGUGUCGUGGAGGCUCUGGAGAAAGCAAAUAAAAAAAGAUGGCAAAAAGUUUUCUGAAUGAUUGCGAUCCGUGUGACAGUAGCACUGAGAGCUCCAUGAUCUCGACUCAGCUGAAGGACAUGGAGGACACCAUGGAGCACAAUGUGGAGUAUGAAAAGUGCUCGGUUUUUCACUGCGCACAAUCGAAGUGCAACAUGGUGCUGGGGGACUCUUUAGGAGCCUGCGGGGAAGCCAAGAGCCUCAAAUCCAUCAUUUGUCUGAAAAUCAGCAAGGCUGUCAAAGUGAGAGGAAAGCUCGAGAUGAGCAAAGAAGGUCCUCUUAAAUUAUGCACUUACAUGGCCCUGGAAUGUUCCGGCUGUCGUCGGUUUGUCGGCUUCGUGCUCCACUCCACGCCACAUCACUUGUCCAAUCUGAGAGGCCUGUUCCUCCUGCUAAAAGAAGCCAUCAACUGCUACAUGCUAAAAACCUGCAUAAUUGUGAAAGCUUCCAGACUCUGCUUUGAACACAGACUGCUGGGAAAAAGCAUCGAUGAGAUCGAACAGGACCUGGAAGGGCAGCUGAAGCAGGUGAACCUUCUGAAGGACACUUGGGUUGACAAACCGGGGAAGAGCAGUCUUCUGUCCUCCACUAUAUCUGAUUAGCGCCUCAGAAUCAGAUUCCCAUAUACAUGUUUGUAUGUUCUUGUUGUUUGUUAUUACAAAGUAUAAUUCAUGUUGUACAUUCAUCAAAUAAAAUAUUCAAAUUGUA